AAUCUUGGAAAUGCACGCAACCCUUUCACUUUCCCUUCUCACCGCUCUUGAAAAAUUCAAUCGUUAAGUUAAGGUCCCUGUGAAGCAAAUGAUCCAGUGCAAGGCAGUCUGAAAACAGAACAAUACACACAGUUUCCAUGGAAAAAAGCUUGGUUGAUAAGGUCUUCUCUUGGUCUUUAAGUGACGUUCUUAAUGAAGAACUCUACAAAGAGAAGGUUAAGAAGAUCCCUGAAUCGUUUCAGGCAGUGGAUCAGUAUUUUGAGUCAUUUGUUUAUCCAUUACUGGAGGAAACUAGGGCGGAGCUGUGUUCUUGUCUGGAGAACCUAUCUAGAGCACCUUACGCUCAUGUGACAUCCUUUAAGAUUAUUAAACAAAAUGGAAAACUGUUUUAUGAUAUUGAGGUUGAUUACUGGAGAAACAAAUAUGGAGUUGAUGGAGAAAGACCUUACAGGACAUUUGCAGGACAUUUCUUUGUUUUUACAGAUGCUAAACCCGAUGCUGUUUCUGAUUUGCGACAGCUUGAAAAUAGAUGGGCUUUAUUGUCUAAUAUUACAGACACUAAGAAUGAGCAUGGUCUUAGUGUUACUUGUCUUGGAGUCCAGACUAAUAAAGAGAUUCAAGACAAGUUGUCAUCAGGGAGGCCAUUGUUCAUUGUUUUCUUGAUGAACAUGAGGACCAAUGAGAGAAUAUGGAAUUCAUUGCAAAUGGGUGGAAAUAUGAAUGUAAUUAAGCAAAUCUUGUGCUCUGAUACGCAGCAGGAUGAGAAGAACUGUGCCCUCUGUCGUGCUCGAGGAGAUUUCCUUGUAUUUGAAGAGUCUAGUAGGAUUUUGCCUUCCGAGCUGAACAAGUCUCAAAGGAAAGUGGUCACUGACAUUCUCUGCAAAAUUGAAUGUAAUCACAGAUCCUUUGUGGAACUUAUCCUGGGCCUUCCAGGAACAGGGAAAACGAGAACAUUGAGUAUUUUAAUCUAUAUUCUCUUAAGAAUGAAUUGUAGGACUCUUAUCUGUGCCUCAACAGAUGUUGCAGUUGCAGAAUUGGCAUCUCGUGUUUUGAAGCUUGUAAAGGAGUCAUCUGAAGCGUCGUACUUAUUGGGCAGGGUUCUUUAUUUUGGGGAUGAAGGCUUGUGGAGAGUUAAUGCAGACAUUGGAGAAAUAUAUAUGGAUCAUCAAGUUGAAAGUCUUAAUAGUUCACAAUUAUUGACUGCUUCCCUAAUAUUUUGCACUGCUUCAAGUUCUUUUGCACUGCAUUCAGUUCUAGAAAAUACAUUGGACCUGUUAAUGGUUGAUGAUGCAGCACAUAUGAGAGAGUGUGAAUUAUCCAUACCAUUACAACUACCAGGUGUUAGGCAUAUUGUUCUUUUUGGUGAUCCAUGUCAGCUAACUGCAACCGUAACUAGCAAUGUGUCUGCUAGAGCUGAUUUUGGAAGAAGUUUAUUUGAAAGGUUGAAUUCAAUCGGCCAUUCAAAGCGAAUUCUGGAUAUGCAGUACAGAAUGCAUCCUCUUAUCAGUUUGCUUCCUAAUUCAGAAUUCUAUGGCAACCAAAUUUUGGAUGCUCCAAAUGUUAAAAAUAAAAGAUACAGAAAGUACUUUCUUUUGGGUCCAUUAUUUGGUCCAUACUCUUUCAUAAAUGUUUCUUGUGGAAGAGAGGAAACUGUUAGCUUCACAUAUAGUUAUAAAAAUAUGGUUGAAGCUGCAAUGGUGACAAAAAUUAUCAGAAAAUUGUUUAAAGCAUGGGGCGAAUCCAAAGAGAAGCUUAGUGUUGGCAUACUUGCUCCAUACACUGCACAAGUUGUUGCAAUCAAGGAAAAAGUGGGACAGAAGUAUGAUAGCUUUGGUAGAUUUUCACUGAAAGUGAGUACAAUUGAUGGAUUCCAGGGUGGAGAAGAAGAUGUAAUAAUAUUGACAACUGUAAGAUCUAAUGCUGAAGGAUCGGUUGGGAUCAUUUCUGACUGGCAGAUAACUAAUGUAGCCUUGACAAGGGCCAGAUGCUGCCUUUGGAUUGUGGGAGAUGGGAGAACUCUUUCCAGUAGUAACACUGUUUGGAAAUCAAUAGUCCAAGAUGCUAAGCUGCGUAAUUGUUUCUAUAAUGCUGAAGAAGAUGAAGAUUUGGCAGAUGUUGUGCUAGAGGUGAAGAAAGAAACGGAUCAGAUUGAUGACUUCCUAAAUGCUGAUAGUUUGCUUUUUAAAAAUGCCAGAUGGAAGGUUUUGUUCAGUGAGAAUUUCAGAAAGUCAUUUGAAAAGUUGAAGUCUUCUGAAACAAAGAAGUUGGUUAUGAAUUUAUUACUGAGGCUUUCUUGUGGCUGGCGGCCAAAGUGGAGGAAUACAAACUUAGUUUGUGAUAACUUCUCUCAGAUGUUGAAACAAUUUAAGGUUAAAGAUCUGCAUAUUAUUUGCUCAAUUGAUGUUGUGAAGGAUUCAUGCUACAUCCAAGUAUUGAAGGUGUGGGAUAUGUUGCCUUUGGAGGACAUACCAUUGUUGGCUGUUCGUCUUAGUGCUGUAUUUCAAUCAUAUACUGAUGAUUUUGUCAAACGUUGCAAGCAGAAGUGUCUUGAGGGGGAUCUGGAAGUUCCAAUGAGUUGGGAUACAUUUAUUGCUCGUUUUAAGAAAGACUGUGUGCAGGGUGGGAAUACUUCAAGUACUUUUGAUGAAAUAGGCUGCGUUGAGAGUUGCAAAACAAGUGACAGUUUUCUGCUUAUGAAAUUCUACUCCUUGUCUGCUGGUGCUCUAAGUCACUUGCUUUCUUCUUGUGAUGGAAAUGAAAUUGAUCUUCCUUUUGAGCUAACAGAUGAAGAAAAGGAUAUUAUCCAAUUAUGUGGAAGCUCUUUUAUUCUAGGCAGAUCAGGUACUGGUAAAACUACUGUUUUGAUUAUGAAGCUAUUUCAUAAGGAGCAGCUUUAUCAUUUAGCUUCAGAAGGAUUUCAUAAAGUUGAAAGCAGUUCCUCCAUAAGUAAUGAGAAUGGUGGAAGUGAAGUUGAAAACAAGGGAAAUAUUUUGCGACAAAUCUUUGUUACAGUCAAUGUUAAGCUGUGCUAUGCUGUUAGACAAUAUAUUUUGCGCUUAAAAAGAUCAACAUGUGGCUGGAAUUCUUCAGCUGAAGUCCCUCAAUCUGAUUUGGAUGAUGUUGAUGAGGGAUCACAAUUUUCUGACAUUCCAGAUUCUUUUUCUGAUAUUCCACUCAGUUCCUAUCCCCUUGUGAUAACAUAUAACAAAUUCUUAAUGAUGCUGAAUGGAACAGUUGGCAGCUCAUUUUUUGGAAGAUUUCCUGAAUUUAGGGAACAUUCUCAGUUAAAGAGAAGAAGUUCUAGAUCCAUGACCUUGAAAACUUUUAUUAGGACAAAAGAGGUUCAUUACGACAAGUUUUGUUCAGCUUACUGGCCCUGUUUCAGUAUACAGCUAACAAAGAAACUUGAUCCAUCCACAAUAUUUGCAGAGAUAGUUUCUCAUAUAAAGGGAGGUUCCAGUGUUUGUGUCCAAGAUGAUAAACUAAGUAGGGAGGAGUAUAUUUCCUAUUCUGGGCGUAGGUUAUCCCAUCUAAGUGAACAAGAAAGGAGUACAAUUUAUGAUAUUUUUCUUCAAUAUGAGAAGAAAAAGAAAGCAAGAGGGGAGUUCGAUAUAUCCGACUUGGUAAUUGACCUUCAUAACCGGCUUAGAGAUGAGAAAUACGAGGGUGAGAUAAUGGACUUUGUGUAUGUAGAUGAAGUGCAGGAUUUGACAAUGAGACAAAUUUCUCUUUUCAAAUAUAUCUGCAGAAAUUUUAAGGAAGGGUUUGUGUUUUCAGGUGAUACAGCCCAGACUAUUGUAAGAGGGGUUGAUUUUAGGUUCAAAGAUAUAAAAGCUCUUUUCUAUAGAGAGUUCAUGGCAUGUGAGAGAAAUGGGAAGGGACAAAUUUCUGAUAUCUUUAAUUUGAGCCAGAACUUCCGUUCCCAUGCUGGUGUUUUAAAGCUAGCUAACAGUGUUCUGAACCUUCUUUAUCAUUUCUUUCCUUUCUCUGUUGAUAAAUUGCAACCUGAGACAAGUCUUGUGAAUGGAGAACAACCAGUUUGGGUACAGAUGAGAAAUGAGGAUAACACAUUAUGCUCGUUCUUCAAGAGCAAUGAAAACUUUGACCGUGGAAUUGUUGGUUUUGGAGCUGAACAAGUUAUUUUAGUGAGAGAUGAUAGUCUGAAGAAUGAAGUUCUCAGUCAUCUGGGAAAGCAGGCUCUUGUCUUGACAAUAAUGGAGUGCAAAGGCCUGGAGUUUAAGGAUGUGUUGUUGUACAACUUUUUUAGCUCUUCCCCUUUGAAGGAUCAGUGGGACGUUAUAUAUGGAUAUAUGAUUGAGCAAAAUUUGUUUCAUUCCCCUCAUCCGAAGUCCUUUCCAAUAUUCAAUGAGGGAAAACAUAUCACCUUGUGUUUGGAGCUAAAGCAAUUGUAUGUGGCAAUCACUCGCACAAGGGAAAGGUUGUGGAUUUUUGAGAAUCAAUUAUGCUCUAUGUUUAACUAUUGGGAGAAGCUACACCUUGUCCAAAUUCGCGAAUUUGAAUACAAUUUUCUACAUGAGAUUCAAGUUCAAAGCAGCCAAAGGGAGUGGAAAGAUCGUGGUAUGAAGUUCUUUUAUCAGCAAAAUUAUGAUAAGGCAAGAUUUUGCUUUGAAAAGGCAGCGGAAUCUUAUUUGGAAAAGUGGGCAAUGGCUGCUGGUCAUGUUUCUACUGCCGAUCAAAUGAGGGAUUCAAAUCCCAAAAUGGCGGACAAUCAUCUUACUGAGGCUGCUCAUAUUUAUGAGACCAUUGGCAAGAAUGAGUCUGCUGCCCAAUGUUUCUUUGAGUUACAUGAAUAUGAAAAAGCUGGCAUAAUUUACUUGGAGAAGUGUGGGGCAUCUAAGCUUGAAGAAGCUGGUGACUGUUUUUAUCUUGCAGGAUGUCAUGAAAGAGCAGCUAAUAUUUAUGCUAGAUGCAGCUUAUUCUCAGAGUGUUUGUCUGCUUGUGCUGAUGGGAUAUUAUUUAAAGUGGGAUAUGACUUUAUCCAAUUAUGGAAAGAGAAUGAUUUUCUAAUUGGAGAAGGGUUUCUUGGAAGUAUAGAAAUUCAGAGUUUCUUGGAGAGAGGCGCUCUUUAUUUUCUAAAGCUUCAGGAUUCUGAAUCCAUGAUGAAAUUUGUGAAAGAAUUUCAGAAUGAGAAACUAAUGCGUACUUUCUUAUUCUCAAAGUGUUUGUCUGCUUGUGCUGAUGGGAUAUUAUUUGAAGUGGGAUAUGACUUUAUCCAAUUAUGGAAAGAGAAUAAUUUUCUAAUUGGACAAGGGUUUCUUGGAUGUAAAGAAAUUCAGAGUUUCUUGGAGAGAGGCGCACUUUAUUUUCUAAAGCUUCAGGAUUCUGAAUCCAUGAUGAAAUUUGUGAAAGAAUUUCAGAAUGAGAAACUAAUGCGUACUUUCUUGAAGAAUGUAGAUUGCCUUGACGAACUUAUGUUGCUUGAAAAGGAAAGCGGCAAUUUUUUUGAGGCAGCAAAGGUUGCAAACCUGAAAGGUGAUAUUCUGCUUGAAGCUGAUCUUCUAGAGAUGGCAGGAAGAUUUGAAGCAGCAUCCAAGGUUAUUCUUUUCUAUGUGACAUACAACUCCAUUUGGAAACACAGAAGCAAAGGCUGGCCCUUGAAGCAGUUCGAGAAUAAACAGGAGCUUUUGAUAAAGGCUAAAACUUACGGUAAGGAAGUCUCGCAAGAAUUCCACAAUUUUGUUUGUAUUGAGGCAGACAUUUUAUCACAUGGAAAGGGCAGCUUAUCUAUGAUGAAAAAAAAUUGGAUGGAUUCUUCAAGACUUGGAAGUUUCACAGGUAAAAUAUUAGGUGCACGAAAAAUUCUUGACGCUUACCUGUGUGCAAGUGCAUCACAGCAUGAGAGGGAGAUCCAUUUGGUUAAGGAUCUAAUAGAAUAUUCACAGAAAAAGAUAUCCUGGGAACAAACUUCUGUAGAAAAUAUGCUUUACUACUGGUGGUUUUGGAAAAAAGAGAUGGAGAAUGUUUUGAGUAGUCUACAGGGUAGCGAAGUAGAUUCUUACAGUGAAUUCUGUUUUAGCUACUUUGGUAUAAGUAAGCAGUUGAAGAAUGAGAAGACUGUGUGUCUUUUGCUUUAUCCUGAUGCAGAAUGGAUUAAGGGCAUUCAUCUUCAAAAUGUUAAGAGAAAUGGGAAUCAAAUAUGGAUUGAUGCUGACCAGUUUGCUCGUGCUGCUACUCGUUACUGGUCAUCCGAAAUGCUUACUGUUGGUGUGAAGGUGCUUGAAAUUUUAGAAGCUUUUUAUGUGUUUUCAUUAGAUAAUGCUUUAUGCUUGAAUUGCCAAGCCAUGCUACUAAUUCAGAUUUUCAAGGUUUCAAAUUCUCUUAUCAAGUCGAAAUCCUUGAACUGCAGUGACUUUAGUAACAUUCUGCGGAGAUUCCUUGAGAUUCCUAUAGAGAACUUCUUUGGACUUGUCUGUCCACUGGAUUGUCGAAUGCCAAUGACAAAAGAUAUGAUUUAUCUCAGAGAGACAUGGUCUUCGAGGAAUUUAUUGAAGGAAGUUAUCGAGAGAAUCAUUCGAUCAAGGGCUAUUACUAAUGGGCAACUUGGAAUGCUAAUGACAAUUAUUUUGUCUGGAAAAUUUUCAAUUGACCUGUAUGUGCAGAUUGCAGCAAGCCUUUGCCGUAGUGUAUCUUGGCAAGAGUUCAUGGAGAUUUUCAUUUUAACUUUAAGUAAUGAUAAUCCCUUUGAACAUCCAGGUGAAUCGGCGUUGGUUUGGAAAUUCUAUAUAGCUUUAGCAAAUACUGAUUAUACAGACUUCUCACCAAGUUUCUAUUUGUACCUUGUGGAUCGCCUGGUUAUCCUGGUAUCCUACUUGAAAGGUUACUUCUUCACAACUAAGUCUCCUUUGGUUGAAUGGCUUAUGUGCAGCGGAUGGAACACACUCCCAAAUUUGGAUUAUUUGUCUGAUGUUCAAAUGCAACCACUGCUUGAGGAAACUGUUGGCUUUGUGGCCGACACGGUUAAUAAAAUCAUUUGCAAUGAGCCUCAGAAAUGGCUCAAAAGAUUCAAUCUGAAAAUGGACUUCUACCCUCAUCUAGUGCUAAGAUUGAUCGUCACACUUUGCCUGUUGUGCAUCAAUUUUGAUGGGUGGUAUUAUGGUUUGUUAUUCACUUUGCUGGAUAAGAGAGAAGUUACCUCUUUAUUACCAUGGAAGUUCUACAAGUCCCUAUGGAGGUUAAGGGAAAAUGAUGAAGAACAUAUAAAAAUUAGAGUUGUUUCAGAAGCGCUAAAAUGUAUUGGUAACCCUCUUGUAGUGGUCAAUCUUGGAAUACAUUGUGCAGAAUUUUCAUUUCCAGAUGCAAUUUUUCUGUACUUGACUGUUGAGCAAGGCAGACAAAGCAUUCUGCGAAGAUUAUUUCUAAAGAAUGAUUUGGUUUCCUCGAAACGAACUCGCAGUUCUAAGAGAGUAAGGGAAGACUCAUUUGGCAGAGCCAUUUUGAGUCCUUCAGCUUCCAGUUUUAUCAGUGUAUCUGACCCUGUGAAUGCACAACAGUCCAAUAGGAACUUUUGGGUUUUGCUUGGUACUGUUGAGUUUGACCUUCUGACUGAUGCUCCAUGGUUUAAGGAAACUAUUUUGGAACACAUUCUCCUUGUAAAUGCUGCAAAGCAAAGUUUCUGUGAGAGUAAUCAUUGUCAAAGUAGUGGAAAUGCUGUUGGGGAUGUAAAUGAAUUCCUUGAUGAAUUGCAGCAGCUAUAUUCAGCAUUGGAUUCAAGGGAAUGGGAAGUUCAAGAAAAUAGAAUGGUUGAAGCGCUUUUGAAGAAGUUGCUGUUAAAAAGGGAAAGGAUGGAAAGUCUUCUGGAUGAACUGCUGAUGUGUGAUAAUAACAAGAGAAAUGAGAGUACAAGUUGCUAGAAAGAACGUCAAGACAGUGUAUGGUUUCAAAAAUUUUACUUGUUUUUGGUGGUUGAUGACCAAUUCCAGCUGUAAAAUGCGUAGUAUUGGAUGUAAUUUUAUAAUGAUAGUGUAUUAUUAUUAGUAGUAGUAGUUUUGUGGGAUAAUUAAGUUGUGAUAAAUUUUUAUGCUAAAAAAUUGCCUACCGAAAA